AUGAAUGCACAGGGGAAGGUAUGUGUGAUUGUGCAUGGCGGCCGGUGUUACGUGUCUCUGCUUUUGGAAUCAAUCCCUUUUGAUUGUAUCACUCCUAUCCUUGCAGACAUUCAGGUGUGCAUCCUCAAAGCCACUUGUAUGACCGUCUUGUCUCUUUUUUACUCCUUUUCUCUCUUCCUGCGGCCAACACUUUUUUCCCAAAGCAUUAGAGGCUCGCGCCAGCCGGUGUUGGUUACCUGCCAAAUGCAAGCGCGGCUGCUGCGCAGUCUCUUUGGUCCGUCAGACCGGGAGCGCUGCCCCGAUGCCUCACGCCACGAAGGUAGCACCAUGUGCGGGCAACAGGACAUAGGCUUCGUUAAGCAGCUUCGGCACUUUGUUCGUAUGCCCGAUAUGUUCGUUGACAUUGAGUACUUUUUUGCCCUCACAAUACUUGGCAUGGUGGAGAAUCUUCUGUCGCUUCUGAUUCUUCCACUCAAGUUGAUCGUUAGUGUGCACCGUUUUGAGCGGCGGGAUGCAGUGGCUUUGGUGCUCAUCGUCGUAGGUGUGCUUACUUACACUCUCCUGUCGUUCAAGACCGUGGAGCUUUAUGCGUAUCUCUAUCAUGCUGUGCGUCGCACUUCUUUCAUCAAGCUCAUGAUGGUCUUCAACAUUUUGGAAGUUGCCGACAAGCUGUUGUCAGCGCUUUCGCACGAGGCGACGGAGGUGCUCACGGCGUGUGUGGGGGAUUGGCGGGGAGCCGCACAAACCUGUGGUGAGCAGUGUGAGCGCUUCGCCGCCACGUGGCUCCCUGUGCUGAGCGCUGUCGUGGCUGUGGUGAGUGUCGCUGCUCAUGCUGUUGUACUGCUGCUCUCUGUUGUAACGCUCAACGUUGCAGUUAACUCGGAAGGGAAUUUGCUUCUUACUCUCAUCGUCAGCAGCAGCUUGAGUGAACUUAAGGGGGCUGUGUACAAAAAACACAACAGGGAGUCAUUGUACUCUGUAGCGGCAGCAGACGCAAUUGAGCGCGUGAAGUUCCUUUUGUUUGUACUUGUUAUGGUUAUGCAGCACAUGCACGAACGCUUCUGUGGUCUGGAUUUUGCCGAUACACUUUUUGUACUUCUGUCGGAAGUAGCAGUGGAUUUUACGAAGCAUCUCUUCGUGGCGAAGUUCAAUGGUAUUUCUCUUAGCGUCUACCGAAGUUUCACGCAACUCACCCUUAUCGAUAUGGCUGCGGAAACGGUGCUGUGGCGACUCACGCAUAUCCGAGCCUGCUGUGUGGAUAGUGCGCUGUACGACUCUCAGGAUUUGCGCAAACUGCUGCGGCCGAGCGAUGGUUUUUUCCCCAAAUAUGUUCGACGGACGGGGUUUGUUCCGGUCCCAUACGCCGCACUCCUUCUGUGGAGUUUUUCACCUAUCGCUCACGCACUCUUUAGAAACGCUCCAUUGCUGUUGCUGCUUGUCCUUGUUGCUGUGAUGUUGUUGAAGGUGUUCAUGUCGGAGCUCAUCCACAGUGUGUCCAUGCGAUUUGUUGUGCGAUCGAUGCUCAGCGCCGAAUCUUGUGCGGGAGAAUGUCAGUACUCAAAGUGGCAAAACACUGUAGGGAGUCAACUUCAUGGCGUAUCGCCACUCGCAACUCCCCCGCGAGUACGAAAGCAACGCGGCGAGGAACCCAUGCAUGGGACUGCGAAGGUGCUUCAACUCACCUCAUUUCUAUGCUCCCUCAUGACACUCGAUCCCUUCGACCUUCAGGUGGGGAAGUUACGGCGUUAG